AUGGAAGCUCAUCAUAAUUACUCUUCAUCCAUGGAUGCUCUCUACAAGAUCAAUCUUGAUGAAGAGGAGAAGGAUAUGUUGUCCUUCUUCUUUGACUCUUCAUUUGAUCGUGAGCAUUUGAAAUCUCUUCCAUCACCAAAAGAAGGUGCUGACUCUCAAGAAUCACACGUUGAAACAUUGUCGGAACAUAUUGACAUCUCUGACGAGAACUUUGAUGUUUUUGGAUUUAGAUUCCUUCAUUCUGAUUCUCAAAAACCAGUCAUUCAGAAGAGCGUACUUCAGUCUGAUAAUGGUACAGAGUUCUUAAAAACCUUCACAAUCCAAGUUAUUGAUCAGGAGAAAUUUUUGAAUGAAAACGAUGCAGAUCAAUUUCCGAUACUGGCCCAACGGUUGUUGCUCACUAAACAUACCAAAUGUUAUUACAGCACGAAAUAUACAAUAUUUGUAAUUAUGAGAUAUUGCAUAUUUGUCCUUUCAUAUUGUAAAGCAUUUUCCUCAACAUCUCACCAACAAUAUUUGCUUAACGCUUUACAAGAUGUUUGUAAAAUAUUGAACACACUUUUAAUUGGAAAGAAGUUUUCAGAAUCAGAAAUUAAACUUGAGAAAAAAAUUCCAGACAAUGUUCUUGAAUUUCCUUUCGAUUUGAAAGAAACAGAGACGUCAGAAAGUGCAACGACUGUCACAGAACAAAAAGACACAUUAUCAAAAAUAUUAACUUCAAUUUUUUCAACGGAACAAGGAGUAGAAGCCCAUAAUUGUGUUUCAUCAUUGAUUGUAGGCAACAAGUGUCGCUCUUCAAUGAGCUUUGAAAAACUAAUCAAGCAAGUGAGAAUGUACCUCAUUGUAUCGUUGAGAAUUGGAGAUUAUAUUUCAGCUUCUCUUUCCUCAAUUUUAACCAGUUUUAAGGAUAUUGAUAUUCUCAAUGUUUUAUGUGGAGUACUACAGGUACUUGCCAAACCAAUGGUAAGAACCGAACAAGUGCCAAUACAGCAGCUUGUUUUAAGUUGUGUUCAGUCGCUACAGAAGCAACAAGAUAAGACGUCGUAUCCUGCAGAUAUGCUAAGAGAUUUGGCCGUAGUGGUUCUCAAAACCUAUCCAAGUAUUGGUACUUGCAAACAGGUAUUCUAUUAUUUAUUACAACUUGUUUCUGUACAAAUCAUUACUCAAGACGUAGAAAAGCUAUCAAAGAGCACAGAAUUUCUUUCAAAUUAUGUGUACCUUCUAGAUAAUAUUCAAAUGCAAGAUUCUCAUGCAUUUGCAGAUUUGAGACAAGAAAUAUACACUUUUCAUGCUCCCUCUAACAUUGUGAGUGAAAAGAUUGAUCUACUCUUUCCACUUCCUUCCAUUGUUGUAGAUGAGAGAGAACGUGGUAAAAACGAAGCCUCUAAAGAAGUACUACAGUGUUCAAGCGCAGAUGUAUUUUCUCGCUCUACUAUUUCAAGACUUAUUACUAUUGCAGAAACAGCAGGAUCAAAAACACUCACAACACACGACCACUAUUCCACAUUUUUAGCCAACUUUUUCUUGCUUCUAAACCACUUACUACAUAACGAAAACAGAAUCAUACGAGCCAAUGUUGCCAAUGAAAUUUUGGAUAAUUCCAAUUUUUCUAUUUUCUGCAAACUGGGAGAUGACAAACAAUUCAGAGAUCUUCGCUCACAGUGUUUAUUCUCCAUUGCCUCCCUUGAUGAAUGCGUACUUGAAGUUUUUGAGAAAAUGAAUAUCAUAGAUAUUGGUGAAGAUGUAUUCAAAUUCUUUGUCACCCUUACUCUUCGCAAUGCAUCACGCAAUAAGGCGGUAUUUGAAAAGGUGUGGAUGGGUUACAUGUAUCAUCUGAGACAUGCAGUACAGUCAUCACUCUCGCAAGAGAAGAUGCUAUUUUUGGCCCUAUGCUUCGAUACCAUGGAUAGUACUUCAAAAGUUUUGAUAUUUAGCGAAUAUAUUAAGCGAAUCAAGACUGAAUUGUCUACUUUGAAAAGUAAGAUCUUGGCAGGCCAUGUGCUAGCGUUAUUUGAGUACUUGUGCAAAAAUUUUGAUUCCAUGCCUACUAAACUCAGUUUACAACUAUCAGAUUUCUUUCAGAAUACCGAACACAAGUUAAAGAUUACUUAUAACUCACUUUUAGACAAGUUGGGAGUUAGAAACGAUACUUUCUUUGAAAUUGAUUAUGAGCAUAGUUCUGAACUUUCAUUCACAGCUGUUUCAAUUUUGAAGCAGAACGACGAAUGUACAGAAUUGAUUCGUGCAUUACUUGAAAACAUUACACAACUGAGUGACUCUGACGACAAGGUCAUAUUGAAUGCAUUUGAUUACACCGCCGACAUUUCAAUAAGACUGCUCAAUGCCUUGCUAAAACUUGACUCUAUCAAAAAGGUUGAAGCAACUAGUGUAACAACAGAUCGACUGAGUUAUUUGAUUCAAUAUAUUCACAACCAUGACAUGAAUCAAAAAGAGCACUUAUCAAAAAUAUUUGACAUGAUAAUGAUACAACAUGAUACAGAUGCGGUCUCAAGUGGCAAUAAUUCCAUUCUCAGUUUAGUUUACAUUAAGGAAUGUUUAUCCAUAAUAGAAAAAUAUGCUUCUCAGCAAACGGAUUGGACACCAGAAACCGUAGACCAAUUACUUAAGCGGCUUUGUAAUUUUUGUGGUCUUGCUGUUCAACAUCUAGACUUGAUCAUUCAAAAAGAUUUAAUGCAUUCGAACCAAAUGAAUGAAGAAGAGUCCUGUUGUGGUUUGUCAUUGAUACAAAGUGCCCUUAGUAAGGAAACUGUAAUGACGUGUAUUGGAUUGCUUACUUCUUCUGGCACUGUAAAGACCUCUACCGCUAACAUUUCUGAAUGGUACGACUCCAAAUUGAACACCCUCAAGAAUAUUGCAGACAUUUCAUCAGAAAAGAGCCUUUGGAAACUCUUUUUCUACCACAUCAUUGGCUCUGUUCAUGUUUCGCAUCGCAAUUUACAAGCAUUUUCAUGUUACAGUACGAUCAGAUCAAAUAUUGACAUGAUCUCCAAAGUUACGACCAUUGUUAAAGAGAAAGGGUACAAUAUAUCAAUCGUAAUGCCAGAUUUAGUAGCACUAUUGUUGAAAUUACGGGAACACUAUGUGUAUAGAUCUUCUCUGUUGGUUGAACCGAUCAUGUUUAAUCUGUUUAGCGAAGGAUUCGUUAAUGAGCUCAAUAUUUUUAGAACUUUUACUGUUGGAAAGGUACUCUCCUCAUUACAAGAAUCAGACUUAAUUUCCAAAAAGCCUUCAAGCUCUCACAAAAUUAUUUCCACAUGCUUUGAAUAUUUGGAGGAUUUUAUUUUGUCAAAAGGAAAAAGAAUGCAAAGUAUUCAAUCACUCAUGUUUGGAGAACCAGAAAUUCCUAAAUUUUGUACAGCCUUCAGAUUUGAUGCUGUAGUAUUGAUCAAGAUCUAA